AUGGUUUCGUCUUCUGCUAUUUCUGAGCCGUCGGUUUCUUCCAUGCACAGUCGAGGGAAAUAUGUUGUCGGCGUGUGCACAAUGGACCGAAAGGCUCGUUCCAAACCUAUGCGCCACAUUUUGAACCGAUUAUUGGCUUAUGGCGACUUUGAUAUUAUCAUUUUUGGAGACAAAACAAUUCUAGACGAAGAGGUCGAAAACUGGCCAGGGUGUGAUUUUCUGAUUUGCUUUUUCUCUGGAGGAUUUCCUUUGGACAAGGCGAUCAAAUACACCAAGCUUCGUCGGCCUUACCUUGUGAAUAAUGUGGCCAUGCAGACAUUGUUGUGGGAUAGACGAGUGGUGCUGGGUAUAUUGGAUGCCAUUGGGGUGCCUACACCUCCCCGUCUGGUCGUUUCGCGUGAUGGCGGACCAAAAGUGGAUGAGGAUGCGGCCAAAGAAUUCCAGCAAUGUUCGGGCCUGGAUAUUCACCAAGUGCUUGCCAAGUUUAUGGGUAACACCACCUCUGUCGAAAUUUCGGAUGACGGUAUCAAGACGGAUCAUGGAUUUAUGUCAAAAACAUUUAUCGAAAAGCCCGUCGACGGAGAAGAUCACAACAUCAACAUUUAUUAUUCCAAAGAAAAAGGAGGCGGCGGACGACGGCUCUUUCGAAAAAUUGGUAACAAGUCGAGCGAGUUCGACCCUGAACUGGAGAAUCCGUCCGGCGAUGGUUCGUGGAUCUAUGAACAACUGAUGGAAACCGAGAGCAUGGAAGACAUCAAACUGUAUACGGUGGGAUCGACGUUUGUCCAUGCGGAAACAAGAAAAUCGCCUACGGUGGAUGGACUUGUGAAGCGAAAUACGGAUGGAAAAGAGAUUCGAUACUGUACGAAACUGACGGAAGAGGAGGAAGAGAUUGCUCGUAAAGUAUCCAAUGCAUUUGGUCAAACCGUGUGUGGACUUGAUUUGUUGCGUGUGCAGGGCAAAUCAUAUGUCAUUGAUGUCAAUGGCUGGAGUUUUGUCAAGGGCAACGAUCACUAUUACGACAAUUGUGCACGACUUUUGGCCGAAGCUUUCCAGCGUUCCAUCCAGCGUCGACCCUCGGCUUUGCCGGAUAUGAUCCCUCCCGAAAUUGCCCCCGAGAAUUCAUGGAGACUCAAAGGAUUUGUCGCCGUCUUUCGACAUGCGGACCGAACCCCGAAGGAUAAGUUCAAAGUAUCGGUUCAAUCGCCGCCCUUUGUCGCUUUGCUUCAAGGCAGUGCACAGGAAGUCGUGUUUCGCCAGAGACAUCAGCUGGAGCAAGUCAUAGAAGCCAUUAAUGAAAGUCUUGCCAAAUCGCUCGAGGAUGAAGCGAAAAUGUUGGCUCUCAAAGAAAUCAUUGAACGCAAGUAUGAUCUGCCAGGCACCAAGGUGCAGUUGAAACCUCAAUACGACAAACAAACCGGUCAUUUGAAGAAACUCCAGUUGAACGUGAAAUGGGGCGGCGAGUUCACCCACGCCGGUCUUCAUCAAUCUCGAGAUCUGGGCGAAAAUUUGCGAAAAGACAUGAACAUACUCAACCGCAAUGUGAUGGACGACGUGAAAAUCUAUAGUAGCUCCGAACGAAGAGUACGAGCCACAGCGGAUGUUUUUGCACGUUGGUUCCUGGGGCAACCGGAAUCGAUUGAGGGGGUGAUUUCCGAGAGCAAAUACCUAUUAGAUGACAGUAAUGCCGCGAAAGAACAAGGUGAUGCGGUCAAAGAACAGCUUCGAGAACUGGUGCGACCCGGCAACGACAUUCCUGACAUUGUGCUCACCAAGAUGGGCUGGGCCAAAGAACUGGGACAACCGCAUGCUAUUCUUUCCGAGAUAUCCAUCAUCAUGACGCGUUUGCAACGACUCAUGUAUCUCAAUUGGUCGACAAAGAACGUCAAUGAAUUACAACGACGCUGGUGCUGUCAUGAAUCGCCUCUUUUGUUCCGAGAAAGGUGGCAAAAGAUGUUUAAGCAUUUCUGUGCUGCCAAUGGUGAUGACGGCAGUGAAACGUCCGACAGUAAACCAUCGCCAUCGAAGGAAUGGUUUGCGGACCCAGCCUGGAUUCCUCAGCUCUAUGAUUCGCUCAAAUACGAUGCCUUGCACAAUCGAGCCUUUCUUCAAGCCAUCUUUAGUGACCCGGAGACCAACGCGGCCGACGCAGAGAGCUACACGCAACGGUCAUCGUCAGAAACGAGUACGCCUUCGUGGGAUGACCUUCGACUGUUAUAUCGCUACGUCAAAAUUAUGUUUGAUUUUAUCGCUCCUGAAGAAUUUGGCAUCUCUGAUACCGAAAAGACUGAUAUUGGCAUGUUGAUCGGCUUGCCGCUGCUGAAAAGCAUUCUCAAGGACCUCGAUGACAUGAAGUCGGCCGAAAAUGCUAAAACACGCCUUUACUUUACGAAAGAGUCGCACGUUCAUGCUCUUUUAAAUCUGGUGUACUUGUCGGGUGUUCCCACCAAAGUACCGCGCAAUUCGUUACCAGAACUUGACUUCUUGACCCAGAUUACAUUUGAGCUAUAUGAGCGCAAUCGUCAUCAGGACGAUGACAAAGAGUACUCGCUACGUAUUGCUUUCAGUCCCGGCGCUCACUAUGACAGUGUACUGGACUUGCAAAUGGAUGCCGAGCAUUGCUUAAAGGUGGCACCACGAAAAAACUUGAUACCUCAUCUGUCCUUGGAAGAAGUAUUGGGAUAUCACAAAGGUUAUCUCAACAUCCCCAACCUGGAAACCAUUGAACGACAUAUUGAAGAAAGAAAACUACAUUACGCUCAAGAAGAUAACCACUAG